GCGGGAAUGCGAUCAAUUCAGUAACUAAUGUGUUAUUUUCUACUUCGUAGAAAGUUAUCGUAGAAUGUUAACGAUAUCCUGUUGGAAAGGUAAAUUUAUUUCUUUUUUAAUGUUUAAAAGAAAAGCUUCGUAUUUACAGUUUUAUUUUUCUCUUGAAUUGACUUUUUGUAAAGCAGGCUUAAAACAACGGUUGUCAUGACAAACAAUAGUAACAACACAUCAGCAAAUGUGAAGUGUUGUUCGGAUGUAAUAGAAUAAUUUGAAACAUAUUUAUUACUUUUGCAUUCUAACAAUGGCUAAUAACGUUCUUAGUAAUGGUCGCAUUCAACAGCAACCGAUUAUCUCGCAACGACUGACAAGAAAUGAGAAAGGAAAGAAAGUGCUAGAAAUAUCAGCGAUAGAGAGCAAGAAUUGGUUGUUACAUCGACAUUACACGCGACACGAGUAUAAAACUUGCAAAAUAUUGAUUGAUCAAGAAUUAACAAAAUCGAACGGGCACAAUGAGUAUGCGAAUUAUUUAAAGGGUUUACUGCUGAGACGAGAAGGAAAAAUUCAAGAUUCGUUAAACAGUUUUCAAGCCGCCUAUAACAUUAAUUCAACGAAUGUUAAUAAUGUGAAGCAGAUAGCUAAAUCGUUGUGAAUGUUACGUAAAGUUGAAUCAAUUGCACGAAGCAAAAACGUAUUUAAGAAGAUCGAUUGAAUUGACAAAAAAUGAAUUACCAUAUAUUCUUCUCGCGAGAAUAUGCCUUCUUGAAGAUAAUGUUACAGAGGCACAAAACGCUUAUACAGCUGCUCUUAGUGAGAAUCCUGAAAGCAUAGAAGUUGCAACUGAAUUAGGACUUCUCUACCUCAAAAUUGGCGACGUUCAAAGAGCAUUCCAACAGUUCGGCACUGCAAUCGCUCAUUCUCCAAAUUGCACGAAGGCAAUGCUACCAAUAGCGUGGAUAAUUCAGAAUCAUCAAGAAUAUGAUGUUGCGCUGUCGAAAUACAAACUGGCAGCACAAUCGAUCCCAGAAUCGUAUAUCUUAUGGAAUAACAUUGGAAUGUGUUUUUACGGCAAGCAGAAAUUUGUUGCCGCAAUUAGCUGCUUGAAAAGAGCUCACUACCUCAAUUCCAUGGCUUUUCUGCCCGCUUAUAAUUUGGGUAUGGUUUUUCUGACCACCGGCCAACCAGCCUCGGCCGCAAUUUAUUUGUGCGCUGCAGUUAGUACCGACUCCAAAAAUCCAAUGCCGUAUCUUCUACUUGGACUCGCUUUAAAGCGUCUAGAUGACCUGGAGGGCGCGGAGAAAGUACUACAGAAAGCUCAUGCUCUUUCACCGCAAGAUCCUCUGAUAUUAAUCAAUUAUGCGAUAAUAUUAGAGACACAGGGCAAAAAAGAUAUUGCAGCUGAAUUUUUAACAGCGCUAAAUGAUAUUACGGCUAUAACGCAAACUGCGAAGAAAUUAUUGAUGAAAAUUCAGUUGGAAAGAACGAACAAACAGGAGGAAGAACCAAGGAUACUCAAUUCAGACGAAGUCUGAAUUUAUUUGUUUGAAAAAAAAAAAAAGAAUAAUUCUGCCUCAAAAAUUAGUUUAUUAAUAUCUAGUCUGAACCUUUUAUUCAGGCUUCGUAUUUUAUUUUAAAUUUAAAUAUUGUUAAUUAGGGGAUUGCCAGAGGAAUAUAAAUAAGCAAGGUGAAAGUAAAUGAAAAUGAAAACAAUUAAAUAGAGAAUAUAAAUAAAUAAUGCGAAUUUAUUAAAUAAAACAAAUGUAAAUCUUUCGUUCGGCGGAAAGGGGAAUUUUAAAUUUCAAAAUAUAAUUUUUAUAUUUUCAUUUUGGAUACGUAUCUCAAUUUACUGAACUUUACUUUUUUCUCCUUUUUCAUUCAUUAUGAAUCCUUGCGCUGUUGAGUUUAAUAGUUCAAGUGCCAAGGAGAACGAGUUUUCUUAU